GUAAGAAGUAAGAACUAUUAUCGUGGUGUAUGUGCAACACUGUUAACCUCCGAAAAAUAGUGGCUUUAUUCAAAUGAAAAUUUAAUAUUUAUUAAUUAUUAAUUGAUAACGAGUAUUUUAUUCAAAAUGAAAACACGAUUUAAUACAUUUGAUAUUACGUGUUCCAUCACAGAGCUUCAAAAGCUCAUUGGAAUGCGGGUCAAUCAAGUUUAUGAUAUUGACAAUAGAGCUUAUCUCAUCAGAUUUCAACUCUAUGAAGAAAAGCAUGUCUUACUUUUGGAAUCUGGAAAUAGAAUACACACAACUGGGUUUGAGUGGCCAAAAAAUGUUGCACCAUCUGGUUUUACUAUGAAGUUGCGCAAACAUCUUAAAAAUAAACGUCUUGAAAAGUUGGAACAAAUAGGAGUUGAUCGAGUAAUUGAUCUUCAAUUUGGAACAGGAGAAGCUGCGUAUCAUAUAAUUUUGGAACUUUAUGAUCGUGGUAAUAUUAUACUUACAGAUUGCAAUAGAAUUAUCUUGAAUGUUUUGAGACCUCACACAGAAGGUGAUAAAAUUAGAUUUGCAGUUAAAGAAAAAUACCCUGAGUCAAGAGCCCAUACAAAAUUGAUUCCUAGCUUGGAAGAGUUGCGGGAUAUUUUCAAAGCUGCAAAAUCAGGAGAAACUUUGAAAAAAGUAUUGAAUCCUCAUUUAGAAAUAGGUCCUUCAGUGUUAGAACAUAUCUUGGUCACUAGUGGAUUAGCUACAAAUUGUAAAGUUGGAAAUGAUUUUGACGUAACAAGAGACGUUGAAAAAUUUUAUGAAUCAUUACUUACAACAGAAAAAAUAUUCAAUGAUGCUAGAUCAAAUGUCUCUAAAGGAUAUAUUGUGCAGAAAAAACAAUCAAAAUAUACAGAAGAUGGGAAGGAAGAAUACUUGUAUGUAAAUGUGGAAUUCCAUCCUUUUCUUUUUGAGCAAUUUAAAGACAGACCAUUUAAGGAGUUUGAAACAUUUGACAAAGCUGUUGAUGAAUAUUUUUCAAACAUGGAAGGACAAAAAUUAGAUGUUAAAGCUUUACAACAAGAACGUGAAGCUUUGAAAAAAUUGGAAAAUGUUAAAAAAGAUCACGAGAAAAGAUUAUCUUCAUUGAGCGUUACUCAAGAAAUGGAUGUUAUGAAAGCUGAACUGAUUACAAAAAAUCAGGAAUUAGUAGACAAAGCUAUUAUUGUCAUUCAAAGUGCUAUUGCCAGCCAAGUAUCUUGGGAUGAAAUAGGUAUUCUAUUGAAAGAAGCUCAGGCAAGAAGAGAUCCAGUUGCUUCAAUUAUAAAACAGUUAAAAUUAGAAAGUAAUCAUAUUACGCUGCUAUUAAGUGAUCCAUAUGAAGAAGAAGAUUCAGAAAUUAAACCUACUUUGAUAGAUAUAAAUUUAAAUUUAUCAGCCUUUGGAAAUGCUACCAAAUAUUAUACCCAGAAACGGUCAGCUGCUUCAAAGAGCCAAAAAACAAUUGAAGCGCAGGGAAAAGCUCUUAAAUCAGCAGAGAGAAAAACAAAACAAGCCUUGAAAGAAGUGCAAACAAUACACAGUAUAAAUAAAGUAAGAAAAGUUUAUUGGUUUGAAAAAUUUUACUGGUUUAUUUCUUCAGAAAACUACUUAGUUAUUGGUGGUAGAGAUCAGCAGCAAAAUGAGCUAAUUGUUAAAAGAUACUUGAGAGGUGGUGACAUUUAUGUUCAUGCAGAUAUUUCAGGAGCAAGUUCAAUUGUUAUCAAAAAUCCUGCCGGGGGACCUGUACCUCCAAAAACUUUAGCAGAAGCUGGUAAUAUGGCUGUAGCAUACAGUGUUGCUUGGGAAGCUAAAGUUGUAACUGGAGCUUGGUGGGUUAAUAGUGAUCAAGUAUCUAAAACGGCACCUACAGGAGAAUAUUUAACUACAGGAUCAUUCAUAAUAAGAGGAAAGAAAAAUUACCUACCUCCCUGUCAACUUAUUAUGGGAUUUGGAUUCCUUUUCAGAUUGGAAGAUAGUUCUAUUGAGAGGCACUUGAAUGAGAGAAGAGUAAGAACCCUUGAUGAUGAUGUAGAUGUUGAUAAUGUUACUGAAAUUUGCAAUGAAAUAAAAAUAGAAGAUGAAGACGACGAAGAUAUUCAAGAAGAGGAUGAAGAAGCUGAACAUUUUCAGAAACAAGACACACAACUGAAUGAUAAAACUGAUGACGAUGAAUUUUCAUUUCCAGAUACUCAAAUAAAAAUAGACCUCUCUGGAUCUGUAGUAAAAUUACAAGUUGAAAAAUCCAAGCCCAUUGCAAAAGUAGAAUAUGCCUCUGAAGAUGUUGUAUUUCUAGGAGAUGAUACACCAAUAAAAAUAAACAAUGAAGACAAAAAAGAUGCAUUAAGAAAUUCGAUGCCUAAAGUUCAUUUUAAACAAGAUCAAGCAGAAGAAGAUUCCCAGAAAAAAAAUCAGAAUGCUUUAAAACGAGGACAACGAGGCAAACUGAAAAAAAUGAAAGAAAAAUACAAGGAUCAAGAUGAAGAGGAUAAAGUACUUGCAAUGGCUGUUCUGAAGUCUGAUGGUGCAUCUAAAAAUAAAAACAAAAACAAGGACCCAUCUGGCCCAAAACAAGUGAAGAAAAAGAAGCAGAAGUAUAAUCCUAAUGAGCUUAGCAUUCAAAGUGAGCCAAGUAUUUCACAACCCCUUGAAAAUAUUGAUGAAGAAGAUUCAGGACCUGGACCUGAAGUUGAUAUGCUUGACCAAUUUACUGGUAAACCAGUUCCUGAAGAUGAAUUGUUAUUUGCAGUACCUGUAGUGGCUCCAUAUAGCACAUUGACAAAUUACAAAUUUAAAGUGAAAUUACAGCCAGGUAAUGGCAAACGAGGAAAAGCUGCAAAAACAGCAUUAGCUAUGUUUAUGAAAGAUAAAAGUACUCUACCAAGAGAAAAAGAUCUCAUUAAAGCUGUAAAAGAUGAAUCAAUUGCAAGAAAUAUUCCUGGCAAAGUUAAAAUAAGUGCUCCUCAAAUCCAGAAAAUAUCAAAAAAAAAUUAAAUGAAUAAAUGAGGAAUAAAGUUGAAGCUUUAAAUACUGAAUAUUAUAUUCUAUUGUAUAUAUUAUAUUAUAUUAAAUAUAAAUGUUUUAGCAUAAAAAG